CAUCCGCAGAAGUCUCGCGAGGCUUGUCGCUCCGCGGCUGCCGGUAGCGGAGGUUCCGGACCUACCGGGGAUGGGUCCGAGGCGCUCGGGCUGCCGGUGCGAGCGGCCACCGUCUGGGCAGCGCCGUGCUUCUGGUCGCUGAGCAGGCGCUGCGAGGGUGCGGAGGCCGCCCCUGGACGCCGGGAUCUUGCGGGUCCCCGUCGCCGACGGCUGAGAGAGACUGGAGCCGAGUGAGUGGAAUAAGACGUGGGCGAGCCCCCGAGCCGGGCUCCCUCUCUCCGUGCUCCCGCCGAGCUCCUGUCCGGGAACCGAGUGCCCUUCCGAAUUCUGUUCCGAGUUGAAGAAAUGGUUUUCUCCAGAAAGAUGUUCGUAAACUCCAACAAUGAGCUGCACAAUUGAGAAGGCACUUGCUGACGCGAAAACCCUCGUGGAAAGGUUGCGCGAUCAUGAUGAUGCGGCGGAGUCCCUCAUCGAGCAGACCACGGCCCUCAGCAAGCGAGUGGAAGCCAUGAAGCAGUAUCAGGAAGAAAUCCAAGAACUUAAUGAAGUUGCAAGGCAUCGGCCAAGGUCCACACUGGUUAUGGGAAUCCAGCAAGAAAACAAGCAGAUCCGAGAACUGCAGCAGGAGAACAAAGAACUGCGAACAUCCUUGGAAGAGCACCAGUCUGCCUUGGAACUGAUAAUGAGCAAGUAUCGAGAGCAGAUGUUCAGAUUACUCAUGGCGAGCAAGAAAGAUGACCCAGGUAUAAUAAUGAAGUUAAAAGAGCAACAUUCAAAGAUUGACAUGGUACACCGUGACCACUGCGCAGGAUCUCGGCACAUCCUCGAAGCACCUCAGCGUGGACUGGAGAGGCGGCACUGGGAAGCAAAUCAGAAUGAGUUGGAAGCACAUGUUGACCAGAUCGCCGAGAUGGCAGCAGUGAUGAGAAAAGCCAUUGAAAUUGACGAACAGCAGGGUUGCAAGGAACAGGAGCGAAUUUUCCAACUCGAACAAGAAAACAAAGGCUUGCGAGAGAUCCUUCAGAUAACCCGAGAGUCCUUUCUGAACCUUCGGAAGGAUGAUGCAUCAGAGAGUACAUCCUUGUCUGCCUUCGUGACUAACAGCGACCUGAGUCUGAGGAAGAGCUGAGUGGCUCUCUGUGCAGUCACUGGCAUGGGCUCAGAAGUGAGUGGAUGAACGAACACAAACCCAGCUCAGCCAGCCUGUUCCCCUCUACUGUAUGGACAAGUGCAGCGGCCGAGACAGGAGUGGAUAGCCCGUGGUCGUGAACGAGGCUGCAGAGAGUAAGUGAGGCUGGAAGAGUGAACCUCACAGUGCUGCUGGGCUCUGCGGUUCCUGGAUACGCGGGCCACCCUGAACUCUCCCAAUAAACGUUUGGAAGUCCUGUA